UGACAGCAAGACGCGAACACUAUCGGAGGAAAACGUUUGUUGUCACUGGAGGACACUUCACGCACAGGAUGCCUGGCUCAGCCCCGAUUAGUUGCUUAGGACCAUGGCCCAAAGAUGUGGGUGUCAUUGCCAUGGAAGUGUACUUCCCAUCCCAGUAUGUGGAUCAGACAGAACUGGAGCAGUUCGACAGUGUAUCGGCUGGUAAAUACACCGUGGGCCUGGGCCAAGCCCGCAUGGGCUUCUGCUCGGACCGUGAGGACAUCAAUUCUCUGUGCCUGACUGUGGUCCAGAGGCUGAUGGAGAGGAACUCCUUGUCCUAUGACAGCAUUGGUCGACUGGAGGUCGGCACUGAGACCAUCAUUGACAAGUCCAAAUCUGUCAAGACAGUCAUUAUGCAGCUUUUUGAAGACUCUGGCAAUACAGAUGUGGAGGGCGUUGACACCACAAAUGCUUGCUAUGGAGGCACAGCUGCACUCUUCAAUGCUGUUAACUGGGUGGAGUCCAGCUCAUGGGAUGGGCGUUAUGCGUUGGUAGUGGCGGGGGACAUCGCCGUCUAUGCCACAGGGAGCGCUCGGCCUACAGGGGGUGCUGGUGCAGUGGCCAUGCUGGUCGGUCCUAAUGCUCCUCUGGCCUUUGAACGAGGUCUACGGGGAACCCACAUGCAACAUGCAUAUGACUUCUACAAGCCAGACAUGGUGUCAGAGUACCCUGUGGUGGACGGCAAGAUGUCCAUAGAGUGCUACCUGAGUGCCUUGGACCGCUGCUACUCUGUGUAUCGCAACAAGAUCCAUGCACAAUGGCAAAGAGACGGUUCAGAGAAGCGCUUCACCCUGGAGGACUUUGGCUUUUUAGUAUUCCAUUCUCCUUACUGCAAGCUGGUACAGAAGUCACUGGCUAGACUGAUGCUGAAUGACUUCCUGAGCCACCCCAGCCCCAACACUGAGACAGGACCCUUCACAGGCCUUGACGCUUUCAGAGAUGUGCAGCCAGAAGAGACCUAUUUUGACCGCGAUGUGGAGAAGGCCUUCAUGAAGGCCAGCGCAGAUCUGUUUGAGAGGAAGACCAAGCCAUCCCUGCUGAUCUCAAACCAGAACGGAAACAUGUACACUCCCUCUGUCUAUGGCUGCCUGGCAUCACUUAUUGCACAACACACAUCUUCACAGAUAGCAGGACAGAGGGUUGGAGUUUUCUCCUAUGGUUCAGGAUUUGCUGCUACUCUGUAUUCUGUCAGAGUCACACAAGACCACACCCCUGGAUCUAGUCUGGACAAACUUGUAUCCAGCCUGAGCGACCUGAAAGCUAGACUGGACUCAAGGCAGAAGGUUUCCCCUGCUGUCUUCUCUGAGAAUAUGAAGCUGAGAGAGGAGACACACCACUUGGCCAGCUACGUCCCUCGAGGCUCAGUGGAAGAUUUGUUUCCAGGGACGUGGUACUUGACACGAGUGGAUGACAAACACCGCAGGGAAUACGCCCGUAGACCUAUGGAGGAUGACCUGCCAGCGGAGCCAGAGCUUGUUCGCUCCAGCACUGCCACUGAGCACAUCCCCAGUCCAGCCAAGAAGAUGCCUCGCAUCCCUGCAGCCACUGCUGGCCCUGACGCCGCCAUCAGUAACUGAGAGCACUCCACUUAGUUCUCAGAGUUAUCAAGGUGCAACAGUUUGGGAACAACUACCGAACUCUGGAGGUCAGAUGGCUAGCAAGAGAAGGCAGUGUCACCUCUAGAUUAUCACGUUAAACUUGAUUAGAUUGGAGCAGUGUGUUAUUGAAGUGUUCAGUGGAGGACUGUGUCCUGCCUGUACCAUCCUGCCAUCCCCUGAUCAUCAACACAUUAUGCAGUCAGACAGGAAAUUCCGUAUUUCAGCAGAAUCUAUUUUCUUUACAGUAAUUUGUUUCUUUUAGCAAGCCUUGGUUUUGAUUUUGCAUUUCUGCAAAAAGAACAGUUACAUUUAGGAGGAGUGCAGGCAGACAUUAGCGCUGAGUGCUGCAGAUAUGAAGUCUGCAGCUGCCAGCCAGUGUCAGUGAGAGGAAAUGGACACGAUUCCAUGUGGCUUCAGGCCUCCUGCAGAUAAAUGAACAAAAGGGAGUGGGUGUCAGCUGUGUGUCUGUAUCAAAAUAGUGCUGCUGCCACAUAAACACAGCAUGUGGUGGAGCUUGAACCCCCACUCUACUGUUUGUGUUUAUUACCUCAGUUUUCUAUGAAUAGAUUUGGACUCUGUAUUGUCAUCAUGUGACCUUGUGACCACACAUCAGGAACAGCUGGACUCCAGAUGCAAAACAAUGCUCUGUCAAGAAGGCUUCAGAAUCUUCUUUAUAACCGUCUAUGAAGUGUACAACUAUUGAUCGAUCUUUAUAACUAUCUAUGAAGUGUACAACUAUUGAUCGGUUUGGCACAGUGAAGUUUUCCCCAUUUUUACUUAACCUUCCAGUCUACUUGGUUUUUAACACCUAUAAAAGCAGUUCGAGGAGGUGAACAGCAGCAGCAAAUGUUUGAUAGUAGUUUAAUCAGUUUACGUAUUUGUCAUUCGAAAUUACCAAACCUUAUCCAGCUUCAGCAUCUUAAUUGUGGGAGAAAAACAGAAACCUACCUUUUUGAAAUGUGUAAAAGGAAAAUCUUUUUAACCAUUGGUCAGACAAAAAAAGUAGUUUUAGGACUCACCUUGGACUGCGGCUGCUUGAACUGGACAGUUCUCACUUUUUUUUGUUGUUGUUGUUUUUUGUUUUUGCCAAGUACAUGAUUAAUCUUUUCGGAUGGAACUAUCAAUUGCAGCUGACUAUUUUUCCAAACCACAUUGCAGUGUUGUAAUUAGAGUAUUUGAAUUUUCAUUGCCACCAAAUGUAUUAAGUUCAACAUAUUGAAAACAAACUAAAAACAGUGAUCAUGUUAGUUGAGAAUUGACAACGUUGGCGUAAUGUUGCUCAGCAGUAGCCAACAGCAGUAUACAACCAAAAGAAAACAAAGUAGUUAUGUUAAACUCGUCAUGCGCUGAGAUACACAGUCCUUCAGUGGGAAAAUGUGACUACAUAUCACUGCAGUGUCUGAGAAGUGUUAACACUGCAAGUAUAAUUUGCUCUGAGUACAAAUAGGCUUAAAUCAGUGGAAACACACUCCUCCAGCCACCAGCAGGAGAUGCAGCCUACACACACUGUCCACCAGGUCAAAACAGUCUUAAUACGACCACCCUGCAGUAAAUCCUCCCCUCAAGAGUCCAGUCAGUCUGAACGGUGUUGUGUGCUGCUGUUGAAUUGUAUUGUUAUAUUGGUGAUGUUUCCAAUAUUUUGUCUGCCUAAUUUCUGAGAAUGAUGGCCGACUAUUUAUGAAACACCUCUUUGCGUAAUAUAAAAUGACCAUGUUUAAACACUACUUUGCUAAAACAUCUAAAGAUUCUAUAGACUGGAUGUUCGUACCUUGAUGAAGCCUGGCUUUACUGCAGAGCUGCCUCAGUUCAGGAGGGAUGAAUCAACUGGAAACAGAGUGUAAAUAUGACCUACGUCAUGGUAAAGAUUUCAUCUCUGUAUAAAAUAAUAUAUGCCAAGGAAAGCAUCUUAGGGUCCUGACCCGUCCUACGAGUUAAAUGCAGCUUCAUUCUAGUUUCUGGUUCUACAGACGCUAAACAGAGUGCACAAGAGAUGGUGGAUAGUUUUGGGACCAAACAAAAAAUAUCACAGAUUGGUCCUGUUUAAAGCAUUUAUUAUUUCGGACUAUAAUUUAUCGAUACCUUGUGCAAGAGUUUGAAACCACAUUACUGGGCAGCAAUUGUUCCAAUCACUUUGACUGUCACCUCUGUCCCACAUUCAUAUGAAUCCGUGUCACAGCUUGUGUGAAUGUUAACCGCAAGGUACCAGGGUCUCCGUCUUGUCCAUUAACAUCACAAAUAUGUAAUGCAGUAAUUUGUACUGAAGGCUUAACAUCAAAGGGCUUUAUUUGGUGAAGUUACAGGACAUUGAAAGGAAAUUCUAGGUACGACUUGUAGAAGUGAGCAGUUUCUGUUGUCUCACUGUGGUUGCUUUUCUGUUUAACACUGACAUUAUUUUGAGUUGACAGUAGCUGCAGCCAGCAGCACAACAAAAAUGCUGAAACAGAGCUCAGGCAGAAAACGUUAGCCUUAAACUAGCAGUCUUUAUUAUGUUCCUGUUGAUGGUUGGACUGGCUUGUAGACUCGCACACAGGAUCGGUGAAGUUGGGAUAGUUGAUGUAAAGGUGAUUUCAUUCUUAAGAAGCCUUACAAUAAGUACGUUUGAACUGUAAACUGUAGACAAAGCUUUUCAUCCAAUAAUGUACAGGUAAUAUUUUUAAAUUGUACAGUAAAUGGCAAAAUGCUCUACAUUUAUGUGGGGCCUUUUAACCCCUCGGUUCCACAGGCGCUUUACAAUGUUUCUCAUUUACCCACUCAUACAAUGCGAGGUGCUAUAAUGCCAUUGGGAGCAACUUUGGGUUCAAUAUUUAGCCCAAGACACCAAGGGAUCAAACCACCAACCUUGCAAUAUGUGGACAAGCUGCUCUAGCACCUGAGCCGCUCACUUGGUUUCUUUGGUGUCAGACCCUGCUCACACCAACUUCAAACGCAGAGUGUCGCUGCAAGCAGACCUGGCAUGACUGCAAUAUUACAUGUGUGGUGUAUAUGUUUGUACAGCCUGUCUCAGAGUUCACGAAAUCUUCUCCGAUGUCGAUGGUAUGUAGAGUACAAGCUGUAAGAUUAUUUAUGCCAUGUAGAUAUGAAUGUAAUGAUGUCUCAGAUGAAUUUUAUCUCAACAGUUUGUAUAAAUGUAGAUUCAGAAUAAAUGAUGCUGAACAUG